AUGGCGACAGGAAGCAACACCAACAACAACAACGUUCCAACUGUUCCGAUCAACGUUCCAAAUGCUCCAGCACCUGCCGAAAAGCUGGAAAAAUUCUCAGGUUUUGAGUUUAAACGUUGGCAAUCUAAGAUGCUUUUUUAUCUUACUACUUUGAAUAUGGCUCGUUUUCUGAAUGAGUCUCCUCCAACUGUGGGGGAAGACGAAACUGAUCCGCAAGUGCGUAUCGCAUAUGAUGCAUGGCAUCACAGCGACUUUCUGUGUCGCAACUACAUUCUGAAUGGGCUAGACAACACUCUCUAUAGUGUUUAUUCUAGCACCAAGACGUCUAAGGAGUUAUGGGACUCAUUGGAGACGAAGUACAAAUCAGAAGAUGCCGGCUUGAAGAAAUUUAUAGUCGGUCGUUUUCUGGACUAUAAAAUGGUGGAUAGCAAGACUAAUGUUGAACAAGUGCAAGAGAUUCAACUAAUCAUGCACGACAUUCUUGCCGAAGGUAUGGUUUUGUCUGAAUCCUUUCAGGUGGCUGCAAUGAUAGAGAAAUUACCACCACUCUGGAAGGACUUCAAGAACUAUCUCAAGCACAAACGCAAGGAGAUGGGACUUGAAGACUUGAUUGUUCGUUUGCGAAUCGAAGAGGACAAUAGACUCUCCGACAACAAAAUGAACAAAACCUCUAUGGAGGCAAAAGCAAACCUGGUUGAGUCCAGCAACAAGAAGAACGCAAGUUUAAAAGCAAAAGGCCAGACUCGAAGAAUCAAAAGAGGAUCAAAGGCGAUUGCUUCAACUGCGGCAAAGCCGGGCACAUGGCGAAAGAUUGUCGCAAACCGAAAAAUGAUAAGAAAAAUAGUCACCAUCAAGCCAACGUGA